UCAGUCGCGUUGUGGCAGGAGGUGGGCGCCGUCGGCUAGCAGGACUACACGAAGGACACGGAGGAAUAAUAAUAAUAAUAAUAUUUUUUUUUUUCCUGUGCCUGCCUGUGCGCGUUUUUGGAUCGACCCUCCACAGCAGGGGGAUAAGUGGCGGACCGUGUGCUCGGACUGUUUCGUGGUCGGCUGCUUCUAGCAGGGGCGCUAUCUGGACAGCUAGCGGUACCCCUCGGGGGUAUCUCGACGCUAUCUCUCGGCGCACCAGUCGCGGGCGGACUGCGAUGUGAAGUGCUCGUGUGCUCGUGCGGGGCUGACGCCAACCCUUUGAAGGUCGCGCGGGAUUUUUUUUCCCUUCCCCCGGGUCGUCGUCGCGUGUGUGCGCGGGGCCUUGGCCUUCCACGGCGCGGAUCGGCGUAAACACAGGCGGCCUUCGGGGACGUUUGGACCCGCCGCGACGCCGACGACCUUCGGCCGGAGCGACCCUCCUCCCCCUCCCUCCUCCCGAGGACGACGAGGGACGUCGGGACGACGACGCCGCGCCCCUCCGCCGCUGCGGGUUGCCCAAAUAACCCUGCCAGUACCGUCCCGCCGAGCGCGCGCUGACGGCGCCGGGCAUGAGACGGCGCCAGGCGGCGCAGCACGCCAGCAGGGACCCCGCCGUGCCCGCGGCCUCGUGAGGAUGUGGACGGGACGAGGACCCGGCUCCUAGCUACGCCACAAGGCCACGACCCCACACCCGGGGACACGCGCGGUUGCAGGCGGGCAGAGCGCCGCACCCACGCGAGGCAACUCUGCUCUCGGACGACCCCGCGGGCGAAGCGCAGGGAGGGGAGGACCGGCGGCCAGCUGGAUCCCCCGUGGCUGCUGCCCGACGCCGCACCGGCCCCUCGCUCCCCCGACGCGGGAGCAGCCACCAUGAAGUACUCGACCGGCGGCGGCGAGGCAGAGGUGCUCUGCGGGCCCGUCGACUCGCUGCUGCUGUCGUCGUGCUGGGGCGGGGAGGCGGCCGGGGCCGGCGGCGGAUCCGACGGCCACUUCCUCGACAUGGAGCCCGACGACGACUCCUCCACCAAGGCCACGAUGGACGCGCUGGACAGCCUGCUGCUGACGUGCGGCGGCGGCCAGGGGUCGUCGCACGGCGCGGCGACCAACGCGAACCUGGCCGAGCUGAAGCCGCUGCCGCCGUUCACCGGCUACACGGGCCACCUCAGCAUCAACGGCAUCCCGGGCCACCACUACCACGCCAUCGCCGCGCAGCCGCCGCGCUCGCCGGCCAGCCCGGCGGCCGUCGAGGCCAACAACAACAACGCGCAGGUGGCGAACCACAACAACAGCAGCAACAACGGCGGCGGCGCGCUCUACAAGACGAGCAGCGCCGCGGGCGCCACGCUCUACUACACCGUCACCACCACGUCGGCGUCCGACCAGGCCGUCGUGUCCUCCUCCACGGCCGACGGCGUCAAGUCCGAGUUCGUGGACUACGCGCAGCUGCUGCCGCCCGACAUCGAGGACAUAGCGGCCAUCAUCGGCUCGGCCAUCGCGGACACGACGGUGCCGGCGGAGGGCCUGCCGGGGGAGGACCCGGCGUCGCGCGACAGCUGGAUGGACCUGGGCGCGUGGAUCGACAACGCGUGCGGCGACGGCGCGCCGCAGGGCGGCAAGGCCGUCAUCUCCGCCGAGACGCUGCACGAGUUCGUGGCGAACGCGCAGUUCGCGAGCAGCGCGGGCGCCGAGCACGGCAUCGCGUCGUCGACGCUGCACGGCCUGCUGACGCAGACGCACCACCAGCACCACCACCAGCACCACCACCAGCACCAGCAGGGCUUCCAGCAGCCCUUGCAGCACCUGGUGGUGAAGCGCGAGCCGGGCUCCGUGUACCCGGGCCAGCAGGCGCACAUGCCGCUGCUGCAGAGGCGGCUGCAGAACGGGCCCGCCAAGCCCGAGCAGUCCUACAUGUCCGAGUGCACGUCGCCGUCCUCGUCCACCUCGUACCUGAGCGGCUCGGCCGAGCUGAUCAUGCCGCACACGACGACGGGAAGCCCUCCCGGACAGCACGUCGUCUCCACCACGGACAACACAGCGCUGCUGAUGAACGGCCGGUACCGCGGCGGCUACGUGCGCGGCCUCAAGACCUCGCCCGACCUGCUGCUCAACGGCGGCGGGUCGCUGGACGGGCUGCUGCACGGGAACUACCCUCACACCACCACCGCUUCCACCACCACCCCGUCCAAGCCGCGCAGCCGCAACCGCAGCCGCAAGCAGCAGCAGCAGCAGCACCAGCCGAGCCUCGUGUACUCGGCCGACGGCAGCGCGAGCCUGCUCGGCAAGGAGAAGCCCGUGCACAGGUGCACCAUCUGCAACCGCGGCUUCCUCAACAAGUCCAACAUCAAGGUGCACCUGCGCACGCACACGGGCGAGAAGCCCUUCAAGUGCGAGGUGUGCGGCAAGGCGUUCCGCCAGAAGGCGCACCUCAUCAAGCACCAGCAGAUACACAAGCGCGUGGGGCGGGACUGACCGCUCUGUGUGUGCGGCAGCUCACGUCCUCCACAUCCCGAACAAACAAUCCUAUCAUCAAGUAUCAUCCCACACUAAUAACAAACAUCGAAUUUUUUUGGCACCUUAAAUAACGUUUAAGGCCACAAAUAAUAUUUUUUUUAUUAUUUAUUUAUGGUUAAGCCCGCCACGAGUUAAUUAUUUCAAGACUGAAAGUUUAAAAAAACUUAAACGCAGCUUAACUGUUUUGAAAAAAAUGUGAAAGUGACGUUCAAAGAAAAUAAGAAAAUACUUUUUUUUUUCUUUUUUCGUUCUGUUCAAAUGUGUUCGAGGUAUUCGUUAAGCUGAGGAUGUAACACAAGGAAAAGACUAUUACAAUUAGCUCAACCGGUGUUUUCCUGCAAAUUUGGUUUUUCCUACAGGUUGUAUUUUGUAUGGCCAUGGUUAGUAUGUACCUACAAAACAUAUCAGCCUUCGAUCUCUGAGACUUUAAUAAGAAACUUGUAUUGAGAAAACUAAGAGCCUGUGUUUUUUUCCUUAGAUUUCUGUGAUUCGUGUAAUAUCAUAUCAUUAAAAGAAAUGUAACUUUUUUCCAAGCACCAAAAUGACAUUUUCUUGCGUACUGGUUAUCUGAUUUUUUUUUACUACGAGCGAAGCUAACGCGCUCGAGUAGCGCUUUGCAAAGCGAAAGAGAAAGAGGGAGUAAGUAACAAAAACGUGUUGGGCCAGUAGCGAAGAAAGUCAUGUUGGUUUGGAAGUAAAGCUGUUAGCGUUCUAACCCAUGAAAAAAAAAGUGCAAUUUUACCACUAACUUGUAUAUUCGUAGCCGUCAGACUGGCGUAAUGGGACCUUAAAAAGUUGGUGCAGGUAAAUUCAUCGAAACAGAGACUGGCGUAUCAGCCAAAGAGUAUCAUGUUUCUACUUUCGUUCGCUAUGAAAUUGUUUUUGUUGGCAACAAAAUUUACUCGCAUUCGGAACAGAUUUUGGAUGAAAGUUAAUAAAAAUAUUCAUUUAAAAAAAAGGACCGAAAUUACUCCUUGUGAGCUCACUUUUAGUUCAAACUCCACGUACUUUCUUAAAAUUACAAUUGUACAUACACCUUAAUUUAUAUUUUGUACAUAACAUUUAAGUUGCUUUUGAAAGGCGGCAUUCUCGCGAUGGCAGCGAAUAGUUGUUGGCUAACGUGUUUCACAACGAUCAAGCACCGUACUUAAAUUUUUACUGCCAGGGGCACACCCUGUAUCGCAGGGAACUCGUACCUACAGCAGCAGUAGAAAUGUUACCAAAUCGACUUCAUUGUUACUGUCCGGGAACACUAUGUUGCUAUCAUUAUUUGUUAAUUCUUGUGUCGUUACAGAGGAUAAAAGUAAGUUUUAUAAACUAAAGCGAAUUUUUAUGUAAUAUAUUAAUUAUAGAUGAAAUAUUUUUAUAGUUUCUCUAUUUGUUACUGUGUGUUUCUUGUGAUUGUGAACGCGGUAAGAAAAAUUAUGUAUCAAGUGCAAAGUUUGUUCAAGUAUAUUAAUACACUUAUUGUUGAC